AUGGCACUUCGGUCUGGAACGAGCAACAUUGUUGGCUCCAUUGAGUGUAUUGCACGGGCUGCCAGAGACAGGGAAAGGGCCUGCGCAAGCAGACGUGUAAAGGAAAACAGCGCAUCCGAUGCGCGAUCGUCGAAACUUGUGACGCCCGUUCAGCCUCCCCUCUCGUGCUUGCCUUAUUUACGCGCCCCUGUCAAGUGGAGAGUCAUGUUCGUGGACUGCCGCUUCGGAUGGCAUGACUCUUGGACACCAUGCAGUCUCAUAGGAGGGAUGCUCGUUUUUCCUGGCUCUGGUUCGGGAUGUGGCUGUUCAUGGCGGUCAUUCGCCCAGGAUCACAGGGGACGAGGAUGGUCGAUGAAGCGAGGAGAGAAACGUAGGGGACACUACAAGGCAGCCGGUACCAGACAAUGGCUCUGUGCAGACGGAGAAGUAUCAUCGAGAUGCACGAUCGGAUGA